UGAAUAAUAUGCAUCGAUGAGGGAAUUAUGUGAGCAUUACGAUCAUCCAGUAGGGGCGACACUUGACCUUUGAGCCUUCAGACAGUCUGCCUCAGUUAACUUGUAUCCGACUGAACUGCAAAAGGUACUAACUAACGGUGCUGUGCUUCUCUUGCAGACUUCACUCAAAAGCCAACCACCAACCAUGCCUUUCAUCGUUCUGGACACCAAUAUAUCUGCGGAUGUUUUACCUGCAGACUUUCUGAAGAAGCUCUGCUCCUGCACUGCCGCUGCUCUGGGAAAACCAGAAGAGAGGAUGAACGUUGCGGUUAAACCUGGGUUACCGAUCCUGAUGGCCGGGUCCUCUUCUCCGUGCGUCAUGCUGUCCGUGUCUGCGAUCGGAGUCACCGACACCGCAGAGAAGAACCGGGAGCACAGCGCCAAGAUCUGCGCGUUCCUCGCGGAACAACUAGUUAUCCCAGUAGACAGGAUCAUGAUUUGCUUCCACGCGUUGGAGCCUCAUCAGGUGGGGAAGAUGGGGACGGUCAUGAGUUUCCUGUGAUCACUUGCUGACGCCAUGAAGAUUGGAAGCCCCGCCCAUUAUCACUUACCGUGGCCAGGGAAAUGGAAGCUCCGCCCAUGAUUACCUUAUUGUAUGUGAAGGAAUGAUAAUAAUAAUUCAGUAAAUGUUAUUUUUAGAUAUUUUACUCCUGACAUAACUGACAAGGGAUCUGAUGUAUAGCCAAAUAAAGUAAAUCAAUUAGAAAAUAUUGAAAA